ACAACGGCGCCUUUGUGCGCUGUAAUGGCUGCGUGAAGCCUUGAGUGAUACAAAAAAGAGGAAAACAUGCGCUUCUGUGUGCGCCAAUGAUGCAGUGUCAGUGUGACACUUCCGCACAGCCGGGUCAGCUGAUUGAGACACGCGGAAACCACUAACUAACUCCACUGAAGUCCACUCCACACUCCGCGUUGCUAGCAACUUGUGAGGGCUCCACGGCACACAAGCUGCUGGCUGGCGGCUCCUGGCUGGGCUGCACUUGGAGGAACACGCCGGUGGACGCCGAUGGCUGCCAGGGAGGCGCCGGUGGCUUCGAAUGGGACACAUAUCUCCUACAUGGGCCAUGAUUGUCAGGACGUCCCAGACUUCCUUGGGGACGCGUACGGCCAGUUUGCGAGGAGGUUGGACUUGAGCUUCAACCAGCUCAGGUCCUUGGCGGGCCUCCGGAUGUUCACCCAGCUGGAAGAGCUGGUCGUCGACAACAAUCUGCUGGGGAAUGACCUCCGCUUGCCGAGGUUGCCCAACCUGCACACCUUCACGCUCAACAAGAACAAACUGACGGAUAUUGAAGCCCUGCUGGAACACUUGGCUGACGUGACCCCGUCGCUGGAGUACCUCAGCCUGCUGGGGAACGAGGCCUGCCCCAACCAGCUGGUCAGCCUGGAUAAAGACGAGGACGACUACCAGAGAUACAGGUAUUUUGUUCUGCACAAGUUGCCCAGGCUGAAGUUCUUGGACACCAGGAAGGUCACCCGGAAGGAAGCCAUGGAGGCUGGAGUCAGAGGAGAAUUCAUGAAGGUGGUCAAGCCCAAGUCCGGCACCACGUCCAAAGAAGCCGGCUUUGAGAACCAGCCUCUGCCCUACACGCCUCUACCCCGAGGAUCCAGAGACGCUAAGAACCAUAAAGGCGUCUUCGCCAAGUGCCGCUACGUCUACUACGGCAAACAUUCCGAAGGCAACAGAUUCAUCCAGAACGACCAGCUCUGAUGUCGCAGGAAGGAGAGGGACGGAAAGCCGCAUGACAUUAUUAUUUAUUGACACUUGCCGGCGAUGUUGCAGUCCAAUCAGUAUAUUUGCUGUUGACUCUGUCUUCUGCAAGACACUCCCUGAGCAUCACACACACACACAAACACACACA